UGUCUGAAUCAAACGGACUGACCUCGUCGGUGUAAUCCAUUCGUCAUGAAGGUGUUGGCUUCUCUUCUGGCUGUGUGCGUGCUGGCAGCCGUGGUGUCGGCGGCCCCCACCUGCCCGCAGUACGACGGCUCCACGCCCGUCUUCUUCCCUGACGAGAACGACAGCAGCAGCUUCUACGAGUGCAGCAACGGCAGGUCCGUCCACAUGGCCUGCCCCACUGGCACCGUCUGGAACUCCAACAUCAACACCUGCGACUGGCCCCAGUCCAGGAAGUAGAAAGCACCGGACGAUCGGCUGUCUCUUAUUCGACAUUACUUGGCAUGAUGACGAAAAUGUGCUCCAAUAAGUUUCACAAUGUUCUAUAAUGUAACAGUUGAUUUUGAAUAAACAG